CGAGAGCUGAGUACAGAGCACCUUUACUUGGCUUUCUUCUCCACUUCGCCUUUUAGUGGAAAACCCCAUCAAUAGUUUCUCUAUACAUUUAUAUAUACAUAUAGAUUUGUAUGUAACUACAUUCUGUGUGUGUAUAUAUACACGCAUAGAGGUCGCUCAACAAGCUGAUGAAGCGCCUAUCGUUUGGGACAAAGGGUAGUGGAAAUCUGCAUCGGAGAUGGCUCUGUCCUCUUGUCUUUUCCAGCCUCUGUCGUCGCAUAUCUCGAUAGCGCAGAAUCACAACGUCCGGAGGAAUUCGGUAACUGGUUUCGAUCUGAGAAGCAUUAACACGGCACUAAACGGGCAAACGUUCUUCGUUUCUUCAAGAACUCGCUUCCACAGCCAUUGGAGUUUUGCCCGAGGAUCAAGAAUCGCUCCUCUACCCAGUGUUGCAUCAGAUCCGUCUCUCGGUUUCAGAAAAGUUUCCUGCAUACAAGCUUCUUGGCUGACAAGUACUCAGAUCGCGAGCAGUGUGUUUACACUUGGAACAGCGGCUGUUCUACCGUUCUACACGCUAAUGGUUGUAGCCCCGAAAGCUGAACUCACGAAGAAGUGUAUGGAGAGUAGCAUACCGUAUAUCGUAUUAGGUUUAUUAUACGCGUAUCUGUUGUACCUUUCCUGGACGCCAAACACUCUCCAGUUCAUGUUUUCGAGCAAAUACAUGCUUCCAGAGCUAUCCGGUAUAGCGAAAAUGUUCUCCAGCGAAAUGACUCUUGCUUCGGCUUGGAUUCAUCUUCUGGUCAUUGAUCUUUUCGCCGCAAGGCAAGUUUUCCAUGAUGGGUUAGAGAACAAGAUCGAGACGAGGCACUCGGUCUCGCUUUGCCUUCUCUUUUGCCCCAUUGGAGUCUUUUCCCAUUUCAUAACCAAAGCUCUAACCAGCAGCAGUUCCUCCAAUCCCAAACACUCCAAGUAAACCGGACAUAACCGGUUAUCCGUCCCAGGACGAGAACCCAUGUUUCAUUCCUUCUCUGCAAACUUCUUUGUUAAUCACUUUCUUCACUACAACGAAUCAGUGAGAUCAAAUCAUGUUCUGAAUUUAUACUUUGAAUAUGUCAGCGUCCAUGAGAGUAUGCCAGUAAGCAUCAU